AUGCCCAUGUCCGUCUCUUCAGAUAACCAAGAAGUGACCUACUUUGGAACAGAUGGAAAUAUGUCUGUCUGGAAUAAAGCCUCGAACAGCUGGGGCAAUGCAUCGCCCAUUUGUCCAUCGCCCACGACUGUGACUCCUACGAUGUUUAAUACUCGUGGUGGUAAUCAAUCUGCAGUGAAGGACCCGGCUACUGGACGAGUGUACAUCCCACACGGAGCUAACAACGGCACCCAGAUGCUAACUUACCUAGAAAGUAGCUGCUCUGGCGAGAACAUGCCUGCAAAUUCCACUGGAAAAUACUCUGCAUGGAAUGAAGCAAAGGGGGCCCUUUACAUGCUUGGAACCAUGACGGGUGCGACAGAGACGUCCAUGUGGAUGUUUAGCCCUUUAUCGAGAGCCUGGUCAUCCAUCCCUAUGCAAGGAGAACUAGUGCCCUUGUUUAACGGCAGCUGCAUGGUUUCCUAUGGCGACAAGCUCAUCGUGUUUGGUGGAACUUCGAACAAAGCCAACAUGAACAACGACAUAUUCAUUCUUGACACGAACACCAACCUGUGGAGUAAGGGGGCUAAACCUUCCAGAAUCCGCCAGGGUAUGGCCUGUGCCGCCGGAGGCGAUUACUUUGUUGUGUGGAGCGGUUACGUGGACGGACUACCAUUAGCCGAUACACUCUUCUACAACAUCAAGACCAACAAAUGGGUUGACGAAGACUCUACACCCUCCGGCUCCGGCAAUAACCCAAGCACGCCUUCCAAUAACCCAAGCACAUCUAAUGACUCUGCAUCAAAAUCCCCGGGCAUAAGUGCCUUCACUAUUGGACAGAUCAUAGCAGGAGUCGUAGUCGCCGUGUUCAUUGUUGGGUUCCUUAUCUUCCGCCAUCGUCGACGCAAGCAAAUAGUUGCCAACAAUAACAGGAGUGAUUCGCAGGAUGCCUUGAAACUCCACUCGAUGACGUUCCGCCCUGACACGUCAAACGCGUCUUUUGUUUCCAAGGCCCAAAUGGACGUUCCUGUGGCUGUUUAUGCUACCUACGCACCGCGCCCAUUCACCAGCCCCCAGUUUCCGACUACCCAUGACCAACAACAAUACCACAUCAUGGCUGAACAUCUACCAGCAAUACCAACAACACCAGCGACACCAGCAAUACCAGCAGCAGCAACAUUAGGACGCUUUGUUUCGACACAUGGCAACAACAGGAGCUCCCACAGACCCCACCUCUUGCUCGUAGUCCCCAAGAUCUGCCACCACUUCCCCGUAACCCCCAAGGUUUGCAACUUCUUCCCCGUAACCCUGAAGAUCGAGGCCACGAUCAUGACCAAGGAGGAAGAGGUGGUAGUACUCCUGUAA